GAGCUUUUAGAUAGCGUUAAAUUCAUUCCAAGUGAAAGAGCUGAAACAUACAAAAAAAAUUUAACGAAUCAAAUCCUGAAGAGACCAUACUGGUGCAUAUCCCGUCAAAGGAAAUGGGGAGUUCCCAUACCAGUUUUUUACAAUAAGAACACUUCUGAAACCAUAAUUGAUGAGAACACCAUGGCACAUCAGUUGAAUUUGUUGGAAAAAUAUGGAACAGAUUUCUGGUGGCAGUUUUCAACAUCAGAACUUUUACCUGAGAGUUCAUGCACCUCUCCAGAAAUACUUGAAAAAGGUGAGGAUAUAAUGGAUAUAUGGUUGGACAGUGGUCUAUCUUGGGCGAAGGUAUUAGAGGGAGAAAAAGUGGCUGAUAUGUAUCUAGAAGGUGUAGAUCAACUAACAGGUUGGUUCCAGUCAUCUUUGUUGACAUCGGUUGCCUUGAGAAAUAAAGCCCCUUACAGAAGCCUUUACGUUCAUGGUUUCGCAGUAGACCAAAAUGGGACUAAAAUGUCCAAAUCAAUAGGAAAUGUUGUCAACCCUGUACACAUUAAGGAUGGCAAAAAAGGCCAAAAGCCUUAUGGAGUGGAUACUUUGAGGUGGUGGGUGACCUGCCAUGCCAAUCAAGUUUCUUUAGCACAUGUAAGUACAAAUGUGUUGGAUUCUAGUGCUGAAGAAGUGCAGAAAAUCAGGAGUAUAUUAAGAUUUGCACUGGGAAGCUUAUCUGACUAUGAGAAUUCAGAAGAAUACAAAAAUAAUUUGUUGUUAAUUGACAAGUAUAUGUUGCAUCUCCUGUUACAUUUUCACAAUCAAGUAGGGGAAUUCCUUGAAAAUUAUCAAUUCCACAAAGUUUCUGCUACUCUUUUACACCUCCUGACUAACCCUGUUUCAGCUUUGUAUUACACUUCCGUAAAAGACCGUUUGUACUGUGACAACUUGGAUAAUUCUCGAAGGCGAGCUGCUCAGCAUACGCUAUUACAAAUUUUGGAAGUUGUUACUAGGUCAAUUGCACCAAUGGUUCCACAUUUGGCAGAAGAAAUUCAUUUGAACAUGCCUCAAAAAGAUAGUAAGACAUAUUUUACUAGUCACCAUGCACAACCUGAGUCAGAUUGGGAAAACGAGAGUAUUGCAAAGGCCAUGGAAGUUAUACUGAAUUGUAAGAAGGAUAUUAAUAAGGAAUUGGGAGCAAAUACGAUGGCAGUUAAUGUGACUGUAAUAUUUUCAAAGCAAAGGUUUUCUGAUAUGAAGAACUUGAUGGAAAUCAGUGAACUAGAGCAGCAACUGGUUGAUAUCUUCCAAGUAUCAAAUGUGAGCAUUACUGAGGACAAUAUGGAAAUGGAUUAUGAGCUGGAAAUCUCUAAAAGUCAAAAUGUGUCUUGCCCCAGAUGCAGAAAAAUAAAUUCGGAGAAAGAUAAUGAACUAUGUAAUAGAUGUUAUAAUGUAUUGAACUCAUCAAAUAAUAAUAAAACAGUUGCUGUGAAUUAACA